ACACACCCUCACACUGGCACAGUAGUACCACUGGUACAACUGCCACUCUCUACCAACGCACAUAUCCCCCUCGCCCUUUUUCCUAAUCAAGGGUCCUUUUCUUUACCUAUUUAUUGCUGAGAUGCCCGAUUCAAGGCUUCUUUUCCCUCCCCAGCGGAUUCCUGCCGUAGUCGCUUCAUUCAUCCUCACCCCGUCUCAUGCCUGUAGUGUCUUCCUCACUACUGAUGCCAACUACCUACAGCCGGGACUAGUGCUAAGCUUUGCCUCACCGUCACCUCCAAGUUCUACGAUUCAACUCUCAUCCGAUCCGUGACUAGCGGCACAGUCAAUAGCAUGGAACUCGGAAGACAACGCAUCCCUAAGGACUGUCGGCAAAAUUCCAUCAAUACUCCGUAUUGGGGAAUAGUCCUCAGGCCCAACAACGACAGCAUCCCCCACUAUCACAUCCUCACCAUGGGCUGCACCGCAAGAGCAACCGUGGACUCCGCAUUUCCACUGUCUCGGGCUCACCGUUUCCAACUUGAACGCCUCAUUCAGCCUCAAAUCUGCGGCUAUGAUCCUGACACCGGGAAGCCGGUGAUACUUUACCCGCCUCAACUCGCGGUGAACCGACCGCCCUUUCCCUGCCUUGCCCACCGGUCACAUCCGCCUUGAUCAAGAAAAACAGGACUGCAACUGGAAAGAACGACUUGUGUCCAACUUUGCUCUCGGGCAAUUUUUCCCACCGUGUGGGAAGUCCGGGUGUCAACAACGCCGUCGAUCCGAUGCUGUAUGUUGCAGUGGUUGAAAAGUAAAGCAGGACUCCCCCUGAUUUCCCCGUCGUGACACGCUCACCAACCAGCAUGGAGACUUGCUGUGUCACAUGAAAAGCCCAUGACGCACGCUAUCCUGAGCCUCCCAGCAACCGUUGACCUACCGUGGCGGUGGCCUAUGGUUGACUGGCAGGUCGGCGUGCCUUGGGCUUGGGUCUCAGCGGCUGCCAGCUCAUCCACACCAAGCACUGCACGAAUUGCUGUUGCUCCUUCCUGCAUAAGCGCAGUCAGAAAUGUCCUGCAGCCCUGCGAGUGUCUGACUGCCAGUGCCAGUGACUCUGACAGCUCGGGAAAGGUAGGGAUGCAAAGUCCUCCUUGGUUGUCACUUUUUCCCCGAAAGCGCCCUCCUUGCACAAGACCAGAAAUGCAGCGUCAGUCGUCACAACUUCAUCGUUUUGCGGCAAUAUUGUAAUUUUAGCUGGAUCCGACAAUUGUUCAUCACAGUGUAAACUUCCGGAGCAACGACACCCCCGUGACGUUUGCUCUGACUUGGGCGUAUCUCUAGAAAAGGGCUGGCAUGGUUUAUUCUGUUAGCCGGUUCCCCGC